GUCACGAUAUCACUCACAGCAGAAACACGCCAUCCACCGCACAACGCACUAGCCAAACGUUGCGUACGCAAUCGUUCAGGGAAAUGGACGGCGCUGCAACAACCACCGCGACGAGGUCCCGGAGGCCGGUGGUUCUGUACCCGUCGCCGGGGAUGGGCCACCUGGUCUCCAUGAUCGAGCUCGGCAAGACGCUCGGCGCGCGCGGGCUUGACGUCACCAUCGUCGUCGUCGACCCGCCCUACAACACGGGCGCCACGGGGCCCUUCCUCCACGGCGUCUCCGCGGCCAACCCGUCCAUCUCCUUCCACCGCCUCCCCAAGGUCGACCUCCCGCCCGUGGCGUCGAAGCACUACGAGGCGCUCACCUUCGAGCUCAUCCGCGUCUCCAACCCGCACCUCCGCGACUUCCUUGCCGCCGCGUCCCCGGUCGUCCUCAUCGUCGACUUCUUCUGCAGCAUAGCGCUCGGCGUCGCCAGGGAGCUCGGCGUGCCCGCCUACUUCUUCUUCACCUCCGGCGCCGAGGUCCUGGCGUUCUUCCUGCACCUCCCGGUUCUGCACGCGCGGACCACGGCGAGCUUCCGGGACAUGGGGGAGGAGCUCGUACACAUGCCGGGCAUCCCGCCGUUCCCGGCGACGCACGCCAUCCUGCCCAUCAUGGAGCGUGACGACGUGGCCUACGAUGGCUUCCUGAACGUGUGCACCGACCUCUGCCGCUCCCAGGGCAUCAUCGUCAACACGUUCUACUCGCUCGAACCGCGCGCCGUCGACACCGUCGUCGCCGGGCACUGCACGCCGCCCGGCCUCCCGACGCCGCCCGUCUACUGCAUCGGGCCGCUGAUCAAGUCGCAGGAGGUGGCCAGGGGCGGCGAGGAGUGCCUGGCGUGGCUGGACACGCAGCCCAAGGCCAGUGUGGUGUUCCUCUGCUUCGGCAGCAUCGGCCGGUUCAGCGCGGAGCAGAUCAGGGAGGUGGCCACCGGGCUGGAGGCGAGCGGGCAGCGGUUCCUCUGGGUGGUCCGGACCCCGCCCAGCGACGACCCGGAGAAGAAGUUUGAGAAGCCACCGGAGCCGGACCUGGACGCGCUCCUCCCGGAGGGCUUCCUGGGCCGGACAAAGGACAGAGGCCUCGUCGUCAAGUCGUGGGCACCGCAGCGGGACGUGCUGGCGCACGCGUCCGUGGGCGGGUUCGUGACGCACUGCGGGUGGAACUCGGUGCUGGAGGCGGUGAUGGCGGGCGUGCCGAUGCUAGCGUGGCCGCUGUACGCGGAGCAACGGCUGAACCGGGUGUUCCUGGAGAAGGAGCUGCAGCUGGCCGUGGCGGUGGAAGGGUACGACAGCGACAAAGGUGUCGUGACGGCCGAGGAGGUGGCGGCGAAGGUGCGGUGGCUGAUGGACUCCGACGGCGGGAGGGUGCUUUGGGAGCGGACGCGGACGGCCAUGCGGCAGGCGAACGACGCGCUGCGCGAGGGCGGGGAGUCGGAGGCGACGCUGGCCGGGCUGGUCGACUCGUGGAGGAGCGCGUGACGUGGUAAAGGCGGCUUCUCUCAGACUAUCAACAUCCCGUGGACGAGGUAGCUUUUGCUGGGUGGAAAUAGGACUCUCUCCGCCCUUAGAGUUGGGUGUUUAUUACCCGCAGACAUGGAUUUCCCUCUAAUUGGUCGUGGAAGUAAACACACGGCCGGUCGUUAGCGUGCGACUUCAGUUUCACCUGUGUGAUUUGAGUGUUUUGCUCUUGCAAAAAAGGAAUAAAGUAUGCAUUCCAUUUGGAGGUAA